UGUAACUUGUUUGACCUUUAUACACAUGUUUUAGCAGCAGCAUGUCUUCAGCAUUGGUGAGUGGCUCGAGGACUCCUCUCCUCCCAGACAUCUACAAACCCCAUAAACACAGCGAGACACCGACGUCUAAGUGCAGCCCGGAAUGGAUGAAGGAGAAUCCCGUCCAUCCAGCCGCAGAGACAACGCAGAUCCCCACCGAGUCCGCGGAGCCUCUGCGUCAGCGUGUGUGCGUGGCUCUGCUGCGCGAGGGCUGUCCUCGCGCGUUUGCGCAGAUGUUCUCGCUGCUGCAGCGCUGGGACGCAGCGGAUCCGCACGCGCUGCGCACUCUCCAGCAGCGCCUCGCCUCCGCGGAGACCGCCGAGACACACGGACAGUAUGGAGAGGCGUAUGACAACCACAUGUUCUUGGCCAGGUUUUUCACCGAGCCGGAGGACAAAUGGUUAAAGCAUCAUUUCAUUCAGCUGGCCCUCCAUUCAGCUCGCAAAUUCAAGAUGGACUCUGGCAAAAGAGAGGCUGAGGCCAACCUACACAUGGGCCAAGUUUAUUUAGAGAAGGGUCAGCUGGAGCGAGCACAAGAGCAUUAUGAGGUGUUUUAUCACCUGACCAUGGGCCGUACAUGGCAGGACCCCAGCGGCCGCAUGCAUCACUCACGCUCAUGUGAGGAGCUCCAGAAGCUGUUCACGCUGCUGGGACAGAGAUUGCUUCAGGCACAAGACUACACACAUGCCAUCAAGAUGUUCAACGAGGCCUACCAGAUGGCUAAAGAGUCGGGAGAUCGAGGGUCAGAAGGAGAAGCAGCCUAUAGACUGGGCCUGGCGUAUCAGAGCACUGGAGACCAGAAGACUGCUAAACAGUUUUUCAGCGUAUGUAUGGAGAUCUCCACAAUACUUAAAAAUGCAGACAGCCUGGGAAGAGCAUAUGAAGCCAUUGCCAAAUCUCUGGAGAGAAACACAGGCAAACUUUUUGCUCUGCUGUUCGACUCUUGA